CAUUUCUGUCCACAGCACACUAAAGAUGAAAAAAGUGAAAUAAUAGAUGAGAGAAAAAAAGGAACCGUAAAAGAUGGCCAACACACCCCCACAGACAGAUUCUCGAUGCCUUUAGUUCCUGAUAGUCACGUGACGUGGUUAUAUCCGCUGCCUAUACUACAGACAGGUCACACUGAAGCCUGCAGUUGUGUGCUGUGGUUCUAUGAAUAAAGAAGCAUGAUGACAUCCAAUAAGAACUUUAAAGCACCUUUAAAACAGCUGAGCAGCCUGGACAGCUACAUAAUCGACAGCUCUCAAAAGAAGAAAAGCACACUUUGGCGACGACGCUCUUUCAACAGUGCCAAAAGUUUGAACACUGAAGAAAUCAAAGGCGGUACAUUAUCACGCAGUCAGCUGAGCAGAACACACUCAACAUCUCUGGUGGAUUAUACUGAUCCUCAGAGAACAGUGGUUAUAUUGGAGAAACAAGACAAUGAAGCCUUUGGAUUUGAAGUCCAGACAUAUGGUCUAAAGGUGAAGAACAGCAGUAUGGUGGAGAUGUGCACAUUUGUGUGCAGUGUGCAGGAUGGCAGUGCAGCCGAAACUGCAGGUUUGACUGCUGGUGACAUCAUAUUGUCAGUAAAUGGAGUCAGUAUUGAGGGUUCUACCCACCAACAUAUCAUUGAGCUGAUUAGAGACUCCACUAACAUGCUGAAGUUGGAGACAGUCAGCGGGAGUGUUGUGAAGAGAAUUGAAUUAGAGAAAAAGAUGCGCUACCUUAAGCAAACUCUUCGUGAGAAAUGGGUGGAACUGCAAUCUCUCACACUUCAGGAAAAGCGUCUUACUCGAGGUAAUCUGAAUGAAGGUGCUCAGCAUCUGUCUUUUGACUCUAUGAUGUCUCUUUCAUCUCCAAUGGGCCACUCUGGGCAGCGUUUUUCCAGUGACAGCAGUUGCCGCAGCAUAAUGACAGAUGAUAGUGAGGAUGGUGCCUUCAUGUCACCAGUAUUUGAUGAUCCGAGUCCAUUAAGCCCCACUGAGCCAAAUGGCGGCUUCUUCCAGCUGGAGGGGGGGGUGUUGCGACCCCUGACAAGAACACGCAGCAUUAGCCUGACCAGCAGUAACAAUUCACUCUCCCCAAGCUGGGAAAAUUCACCUUCAUCCAUGUUUGGGACCCUGCCAAGGAGAGGCAGAAGAGGUAGCGUCCGCAAGCACCUUCUGAAGUUCAUCCCUGGUCUGAAUCACUCCGUAGAGGAAGAGGAGGGCAGCUGAAACCUCAUUCAUACCUCCAUUGACUGUUGAUCUGAUGAAUUCUUCGUAUGGACCUUGGGCAGUAGAAGGUUCAUUCCAUUUUGAACUCUUCUGUUCUCAAGAUGUUCUAGAAUUCAUGUCUCAUGUUUUUUAUGACUUUCCUGCUUUAAGUGUCGAUAAAAACAGGAGUCGAGUCUCACAUGAGCAUUAUGGACUGCAUGAUGGCAAUCUCUGUGUCAUUUUCUGUCAAUUAUGACAAUGCUUUAUCAAGCACUAUGAGUUCCCAAAGAUUCAGCACUGAAAUAAACAACUGGCAUUAACUAAACCUUAGGAAAGUGUAUGAUGAAAAGCAACUCCAUUGAGCAAAAUCUUAAGAAUUAUGCACAUUGUUUCCACUGCUCUAAUUCAGUUAUUUACACUUCAUUCCUGCAAGCUUAUGAAUGUGUCCUAUUUCCCACUUGAUCUCUAACCAAUCAAGAUCUCAAAGUCUGCUGUAGCAUGCAAUUGAUGUGUGGUUGCUCAGUGGUUAGAGCAAGUAAGUUCUUAAUGUUAAGUACGUGCCUUGCUGCGCUCCAAAAUGUGUCAGACUGCAAUUCUUAACACAAUGCAAGUUACACUUUUAGUAUUUCUGCAAGGGUUGCAAUAGUGGGUAUAGCGUCAGUUUUCUCAUUCAGAUUUUGGUGAAGCAAGAAGCUGAAAAGAACAUAAACUACCUAAAUAAUAACACAUCUGGUUUACAGGUGACUAAAUGCUGAGAGUCAUAAAAUGCUCUGAACCCAUUGAUUUAAACGUGUGGAAUCAACGUGGGCCGGAUCCGGGCCGACACUAUGUUGCUGUCUGGGGUGCGGUGGGUUGGGUUUGUGUGUGUGUGGCAACUGCAGACAUUUGAAGGUAACUGAAUUGUUACCACCAGAGUAACAUAUAAGCGAAUGCUACGUGUGUUCAGGGGUGUGUGAGAAUAUGUUUGUGUAAAAUAUGUUUGUGUCCCAAGUGUCUUCUAAAUGACAAAUAACCAUUACAAAUCAUCAUUAUGCCUUCAA